AUGGGGAGGCUCGAGGUUGUGCUGGCGCUGCUGGGGUCGCUGCUGGCGACGCUGCUGGUGGCGCUGCUGGUGGGUGCAUUCGCGGAACAGCAGGAAUUUCUUCCCGGGCAGCCCAAGGAAAGAUUUCGCGGCAGUGGAGGGCGCGUGGAGGUGUGGAGCGAAGACUUUGAGCAGCUGGAGGCAGCGCAUGUGGCGGCGGCACUGAUAACAGUGGAGAGUCAGUACCUAGAACUGCCGCUCUAUGCCAACUCCCCACAGGCCUAUUACGUGUUGAAGGGCGAGGCUAUGGCGGGCCUCAUCACCCCCAUGGGAGCACCUACGAAUCUCAGGCGACUGAGGGAGGGAGACGCCUUUGCGAUUCCCAGGGGGUGGGUGCGUUGGAUUUGGAACAACGGCCAGCAGCCAUUUCAGGUUCUCUCCGUGGCCGAUACUUCCAAUGCCGCUGACACCUCCAAGGGCGCGCCAAGUGCUGCCGGCCGAUACACUGCCUUCCACCUCAUGGGCGCGCAGAAGGAGAACUUUGGAAGCAUUUUGCAUGGCCUCAGUGCUACCGGCCGCUACACCGCAUUCCACCUCGUGGGCGCCCAGAAGGAGAACUUUGGAAGCAUUCUGCAUGGCUUCCGAUCUGCUGGAAUUCUCCUCGCCGACCGACCAUUGGCAUCAUGUCGCUCUCCGUGUCCCACGGCAGCUCGCAAUGUGCAGCAGCGGCCGCGCGAAGCGGACAUGCGGAGCGGGAGGGAAUUCCAAGCGGGUGUGGGAAGAAAGAAGAAGCAGGUUGGCAGUGGCGAUGUGAGAGGAGCGAUUCCUGUAGGCAGCAUGGCAGUCGGCACUUCUCACUUCUCUCCUCUCCUCAUGGCGGCGGCUGGCAUGCGCGUGCUGGUGCUGGCGGUGCUGGCGGUGGGGCUGCUGGCGGCAGCAGUGAGUGGAGCGCGGGACGCCAUGAAGGUCGCCAGGGGCCUGGUCCCAACGGAGGGGGGCGCGCCUGGCGGGGCGGGGGCGGCGGGGCAGCAGAGGAAGGGCGCGCGUAUUCUGGCGGCUGAGACCUUCGCUCACCACGCCCCUCUGCCCGACUACCUCGACCACAUCCCCCGCCGCCAGGCCCUCGCCACCUGUACGCACUGCUGCUCCCUUCUCUCCCUAUCCACGCGUGUUGCUGCUGCGUUUCUCUCCUUCUCCACCUGCGCUGGUGCCUUGGCAGUGCUUCUCUUGGCGCCCAUGUCUCUGCUUUCCUCGCCAGUCAUUUCCCUGCUCCCUUCUGUACUCCUUUCCUUGCUCACCUCAGCACUCGUUCUCCACCUUCUCCUCUCAGCACUCAUGUCUUUGUUCCCCUCAUCACUCACUCUCCCCUCAGCACUCACGUGUGGGCGCACGACGGUGACGAUCCGCUCGCAGUACCUGGGGCCGUACGACCUGCACAACGACAUCUACAACAUGACCUUCUACAACGGCUGCGCCUACAACGUCACCAGCCCGCUGCGCGUGUGGCAGUGCUUCAACUUCGGCAACGUGUGGGAGGGCAUCCUCGACAACCCCGAUCCCAACCCCUCGCAGUACCAGCAAGGCGAAAUCUUCGUGCAGACCACGCCGGGGUACUGUGAGAUGCGCAUGAACCGCGGGGCUAGCGGCACUCUGCAGAUGCUCCCCGGGGAGACGGUCAACAUUGUGUAUGCGUACUUGUGGGACUUCCGGCCCUGCGUGCAGGAGCUGCGCUUCGGCAAUGGCAACAGCUACUCCAUGACCAACACCACCGACGGAGGUGGAGCAGCAGCGCGACGACCGCGCGUGGGAGCGGCGUGCGCGCGGAAGCCGUUCCGCGUACACUCCGACGAUCCGCGGAAGCACCACCUGCACGGGGAAGGCGUGGGCGUGGGGGACGAGGAGGCGGACGACGGGACGCUAGAGGGGAGCGAGCUGGCGGAGUUUGAGGAGGAGCGCGCGCAGUAG